GGUGAGCUUCUGUGCUAGAAAUUGUGUUCUUGCAAAUAUAGUGUUUCGUUUUGACGUCGAUGUGUGGAAUGAAGAUGAUCGUGAUGACUUGCAUGCCAGGAGAAGCGAGAGGAGAGUGAAUAUUUAGACCCGAAGAAAGUGAAUUCUACUAGGGAAAAGAUAACGACUGGAGAAAGACGAGAGCGACGCUUUGUCUGUUAUAGAUUUCGGUCAGCGACAGACGCGAUGUCAACAUUCUGUCAUAUCGGGCCAACUAGCAUGACCUUGCCAUGUUGAGCGAUAGAAUUGUCGUUCGUUGAGAAUCAAUUCUGUUAGAAUCGACCACUUCGCUUCCGUGGCCUUCGACAAAUGGUCCAGUCGCUCAUCAGUUUGCAUCCCGUUCAUCAAACCACAAAAUCGCAGGAGAAAGUAUAGAAAAAUAAAAAGCAAGCCCUCAAACCAUUUUCCCCCCCUUCUUCUCCCGUGGCGGACCUCCGAGUAGAAUAGUCACAUCUUAGAAUUUGUGCAUCUUACACCGAAUUGGCGGAUCGCCUGGGGGGGUUUUUAGACGGUCCAAAAAUCGGGGGCGCACAGAGUGCGUCGAAGUGUAUGAAUUGGUGUAACAGUAUUUCAGUUUGUCGUAUACAUAGUGUCCUUUUUCUUCAUAGAACGAAAAAAGCAAAAUGCCGCCGUGCUUGUGGUACAGUGGGACUUUAAACGAGCUACGGGACUUCCUCGCAGAGCGUUUGACAUCUAAACUUCCCCCUCACCCCUUCGACCACUGGAUGCGGUGGAAGGCGUUUUUUGAUCGGGAUCCUCCCGCCGGCCUCAAACUGGGUUCGCAAGACCUGCGGAAUAUACUCUUAUGAGCUGGAUUCUAGUUUUUUGCCCAUACUUGUUCUGACGUUGUUUCUUUCUUAUUCGAAGUGAUAGUGCACGAAAGUGCAAAAAGUAGAGCGUGAUGAUGGUCGCCGAAGCCGUACGUUGAUCGGAUUCACUUGUUUUGGGUUGUAACUCCUCUAAGAGCCCCGAAUGAGAAAAAGAAUUUGGCAGACAAGAUCAGCCAUGUACGACUGUGGAUCAAGUUCCCGGGAUAUGGUUAUGUGCUUACAAUCUCAAUCUCCUGGAGUGGCGCCAUCCAAUAUUCUUGGGCCUUUCCAGUCUUUCAGAGUCACGACUCCUAUCUCUAUCCGGGUCUGUUUCCGUUUUAGCGAUAUGGCUCCACAAAGAGAAUACGCGUGACUACGUGUGUCCCGCGCAUUGUUUCCCACGGCUUUCAUUUCAACGCGAAGAACGGGCUUUUGCCGGAGGAGGGUUCUUCAGUUCCGACGCAGAUUAUGGCUGACGUGGUUUUUGAGGGCCGCAGGGUUGAUACGUCGUGCACUGUAAACGGGCUCCCCGCCUUUCUCUACUACGUGGAUAAGGGGGUCGCCCUCGCCGGCCAAAGUCUUACUAGACAGCAGAUCUGGGUGAGCAAAACUCCCAAGGUUGGCGAGGGGCGAGAAGUUGGUACUGUAGUCUUUUUUCUUCAACAUGUGCGAACCAGAGCUAUGUAAGAUUGUUGACGGGCGAAAGCAAUACCUCCAUCAGAACAGAAUAGUCUUUUUUCUUCAACAUGUGCGAACCAGAGCUAUGUAAGAUUGUUGACGGGCGAAAGCAAUACCUCCAUCAGAACAGAAUAGAUCACACAAACACAAAGAACAGGCUCCAUCCGUCUGAAAGAAACCAGAGCAGACUUCAUCUCUUUCAAACAGAAUUCUUCCCACAAAUCAACUCAUCCACAGCAACCAUGUGCGCGGAGUUUGACGUCAGUCUCGCCGUCCCCACGGUCGCGGCGAGGGUCCUGCCAAAGUAUCUGCAGAACUACCUUCAAGUUGAACGGAACGGGAAGGAGCCGUCGUUAAUGUGGGAACCGAUUGAGCCUGAAGAAGAAGACUUCGCUCGCGCUUUCUCCUUAUGUCGCGUGAGUUGGUUGUGAAGCUUCUCACCACACACACACACACAGCGCGGACUGGGUGCGCCGAGUGUUAGAUGAUUAUAGAGACUCGCGACUUUUCAUCAAUUUCGCGACUUCUUUAGCAGAAGUCGAAUUUUUGACAGGUUUCGCGAGGAGUUGUUACAUGUUGUGACGCGGCCCCGGGAAGCUGCAGAAAUUUACUCUCAGCCUCUAAUCUGACGUGCCAUCGAAGAGGAGCAGGGAUGCACCAUGCCGGUAGAGGUGGAGAAUGCCGACAUAUUCAAGGUGACUGCAUCGGCGGGCCGACUCGUCUUCGAGCGGCGCGUACUGAUCGGCACACAGGAAAUAGGGAACUUCUACGCCUUGGAGGCCGACUACUCGUGCGAUGGGAAUGGGCAAAUCCAGGUUUCCUUAUACGAGUCGUACGACCAAAAACGGGUACGCGACUCUCGUCCCCCCCAAGGCCAGACCCUCUACCAGGCUUCCUUCAACGCUCCGCAAGGUAUACUCUCUUCUUCUUGGCAAUUCUCCUGACAAUUCGGAUCAAAUAAGUCUGGCAUUUCUUUCUCCACUAGCGCGCGCUAUACUCGCAGCGGGCUAGUUUUCGCUGGUCUGCCAUCGUUCAAAAUAAAGAGCGUCAUCGCUAGCUCCCAGAACCGGAGCUAUUGUAAGCAGAAAGAGAACCCCUUUUCGCCCCUCAGCGACAUUCACCAAAUCACUACAACUCAGGCACGCUGGGGAAAGAUGGUUGUCGGCAAAAGGCGCAGCUGCAAAAGGUCAAGGCAGCUUCUGCUCUUGAAUUGCCGAGGGCUUCUGCGCGGGAAGCGGCGACCCCCGCCACAAGUAGCACGCACGAUCACCCCUCUGCCGUGGUCCUCUGUGGUCCUUUCGCUGCUCUUUUGGUCGCCACGCUGUGCCUUCUCUUCCGUGCCGCUCUGCGCCGUGCUCGCCCGACCGAAUUCGAGAAAGCCCAGCGGGUUUUAGUUAUGGCAAUUUCCCACUCGCUCACACUCACACAAGAGCAAAGAAAAGUAGCAAAAUAGUAGUUGACGUGGCCAAGCCUGCCCACUCUGUUCACAGGCACAACAAGCUAGCCGGCAAAGACAAAAGCUAAGCUGUUCAGAGACACACGCUGAAGGGUCCCCUAUCCUUUAUAGUUUCUAAUUUCGACAACAAGAUCAUUGCAGAGGCGGGGGGAGAGGAAGACGAAGUCUUUUACGGUGCGGCCUAA